AUCCAACAUUAAAGCCUACUGGUGUCAGAACCACUAAAAAUACCGUCCCCACCUCCCCACACCAGACUCCAGCCUAUGAUGAAACCACUGCUGGCCCCAAGACAGACACUCCUAUCACAGCAAUCGCAGUGCGCCAGGAGAUGACAUGGCAGGAGGCUGGCCAGUACUGCCUCACCUUCCACCGGGACCUGCUCAGCGUCACCGGUCCUGACAACCAGAGGAUGCUAGAGGUCGCGGUGCAAGGCCUCUCUGGUCCCGGGGUGUGGAUUGGCCUGCGCAGACACGCCCUGUGGGGGUACUGGUACUGGGCCGAGACCAGGGAGCUCCUCAGCUAUGCCCGCUGGAUGGCGGGUCAGCCGGACGGGAGCCUGGGCCAGCUAUGCGGGAUGGUCUCUCUGGAUCGGAACCAGAAUUACACCUGGAGCACCGAGUGUUGUGAGAGACGCCUCAGCUUCGUCUGCCACUAGUGGGCUCACUGGAGCCCCUCACUACAUGCAAGAAUGAAGCUGAGGGAGGGAGAUAAAAUCAGGAGUAUCACUACAGAGCUGCUGCUGCAAAUUCAUUUUUCUUUAAAAAAAGAAAGCCAGUAUCACGUAAACACUGUAUAAUCUGCUUGUUGUUGAACUAUUUUUUGUUAAAUCUGAAAAGGUUGCUAGGGCUUAAGUAAUUGCAAUUAUCACAAUGUUUCGUUCAUUCUCACACAUUUUAUAAUCAUUUUUGCAACAAAGGUCCAUUGUAGGACCUUUUUCUUACUUCUUAUGCAUUCUGGAGAUAAAGCAUUUUUUCCAUACAGUACAUAAGCAUACAAGCAUGAUAGUAUAAAGAAAGUUUCUAGUGUGUGAGGGGUGGAAGUAGCUGCAAAGCUGUACAUAACUGGGUUUAAAACACUGAGGUUUUCAGUGCCAGGUAGUUUAGAGAGCAUUUUCUGUCCAGAAAAGGUCAAGUGCUGAAGAAGGUGGAAAAUUCAUCAGUGCUGAAUUGGAGAGAAUGAUGGAUAUUGGUGCCAAUGUCACAUAAUUGUGCCAAUGCGUUCCUGCAGCUACAGCUAUAGGCAUGCAAGUCUCCACGCAGGGAGAAACCAUGGCUUGCAGACCUUACAGUGACUAACCAACAUCUCCAGGGAAGAACUAUUAACGUCGGCAACAGUACUUCACUGUACAUGUCAAAUCAUGAUUCAAUUUUGGUACCAACAUGGAGAACGUUGCUCGCCCCUGUCAAUGUCUCUGUAUAUCCACUAGGGGUGUGGGAGUGUCAUGGCCUGCCCAUGACAACAGCACUCACAUGCACAUCUGUCAGGGUAAUGUCAACACAUUCUAUUGACACAAAUGCAGUUAAUUCAUUGUCAUGGCCACAGCUUCAUUCUUGAGAUGACAAGACUCAAGCUCAUCAUGCUUUGGAAAAAUUGGAAAUUGUAGCUUCCUGUGGACUAUUAGGCUGCACAGCAGAUAUGUGAGAUGCCUGAGGGAGACCAACAGGGUCGUGAAGCUGAAAACAGUCAGUGGGAGAUCUGGAGGUCCAUGACCUGGAGUUUUACAUGGGGUUUUUAACAUGUGCCUGCAGAAAGAACUACCCUAACCUUCUCUAACCUUCUGCUACUUUCACACACUGAGUGUCCACAUUCUUUUUCUCUUUUUAAAAGUAUGAUCUACCCACAAAGUUUUUGCCCCCUUUUCUCCUCCACCUCAGCCCCACUCUUCUGAGUUUCAGAAGAGCAUCUCGCUCUUCCGCGAUGCUGCCCCUGCUGGGGCGGGACCCUCCCUGAAGACACUUCCAUGAAUACAGACCAGUAACUCGGCUUUCAUCUGACCUACUCCCCCUGUGGGACGCAAUCAAACUUCAACUUUUCAAACUAAUUGAUUUCUCAUAGACAGUUCAAUCCAAUUUUAUUCAAUCACAAAUCGUUGAGGUGAAGAGAGUAUAUUGGAUUCCAGCAGCCAGGCCUGCAGUUCUGUUUGUGCCACAUCAGUAGCUUGGAGAGUGAGGAGGAGACGGGCAGAAAUGAAGGACCUCAGGUUUGACCUCAACCAAAUUUCAGGUUCGAAAUGUUCAGAGCUGGAAGAUCCUUGCAACACUUCCCACGUACAGCAUGUGCAAUGACAAAACGGCCCGGUGUUUAACAGCAGGUCGCUCCCUGGCUGCAUGCGUCUGCCAGGGGACGUCCAGAGAAUUCUCGGCCCUCUACCUUUAAAGGGGAACUGCAACGCUAGUUUUAUAUUUCUGGGUUAGAAAGAAUCA